AAACACGACCUGGGUUCUCCGACCUGAACUGUAGUUCUACUUAUUUCAAAAGGUUAUUUUCGAAUAAAUUUGAUGUUAAAAGGCAACUUGACGUGUGUGAUAUACAUAACAAGACAUAAAACGUUGAAGACUCUCAUUAAAAUCGGAAGCCUGAGGUACGUUCGUCAUUAUCUUCCAGUAUAAGUCUUGCUGGAUACCUUCAAGUUUAAAGGAUAAACGUGAAGAUAAGGGCCAUGCAAUGACAAUAGUUUUUAUGCAGACUGAAAUAGUCAUAUCUUCCUCGCGGUUGUUUGAAGUUAUGCUGAUAAUUGUGAUUUAACCGACAGGGAUCAGAGCAACACUGAAUAAUUAUUUUGAUUGUUUACAUGAUCUAAUGUCUCAAUUUAUGAUAAUGGCACUGAUUUUGAAGUUUUCUAUUCUUAGUGGAGUGCUUACUGCUAUUUCUGAAGGGUCCAAUAUAGCAAUAUCCGGUGGCCCGGGACUGGGCAGUCAUUUCUUUGUGGCGGCUUCAUUGGGUGAAGAAUUGGUUCGUCGAGGUCACAAUGUAACGGCCAUCCUCGGCGGCGACGCAAUUGCUACAAGCCACGAUGACAGGUACUCCGAGCUCUUCCAUUUUGCAAUCACAAACAGGCGAUUCUCGGAGGAAGAAUUGAGGGAGAGAGUGGACGUUGUCGCGCGAGCUGCUGUGUCGGGCAAUUUCCUCGGGGAGCUUAAUAAGCACCUUGCAACUAUGCAAUACGAAAUGUACAAAGAUUGCGAUGCCUUACUGUUGGACGAGGACUUCAUCCAAAGUCUUGUGGAUGCUAAAUUUGACCUCUUGAUCGUUGACCCAUACUUUGGUUGUACCAACCUUUUACCGGUAAUAUUGAAUGAACCUGUGAUCUUCAUGAUCCCUACACACCUUGAGGAUUUCUUAGCCAGAGCAUUUGGAUCCCCUAUCGACACCGCCCUUCAUCCUUAUUUCGGAAGCGGUUUCCCGCGUCGCAUGACAUUUUGGCAACGAUUUCGUAAUUUCAUCCAACCUUCAUUUGUUGGUUUAACAUUUAGAGGCGUUCAGCAGUAUUGUUCUUCUCGAAAUAUACCGCCUUCAUCCUGUUCAGAAAGUGAAGUGUUUGGUAGAGCGGAACUGUUUCUUGUCAACAUGGAUUUUGCAGUGGAGUUCCCGUUCCCUAUCGCGCCGAAUGUCAUUCCAGUUGGCGGCAUCACGACAAGACCAUCGAAAAAGCUAGAUGUAAACCUUGAGGAGUUUGUCCAAAGCUCUGGUGAAGAUGGUAUUAUCAUCUUUACCAUGGGUUCCUACGCAACCUACAUGAAGGAGGAGCUCAUUAAAGAGUUUAUAACGGCAUUCUCACGACUACCUCAAAAGGUGGUAUGGAAAAUGACACGUGAUCUCCCAAAGGAGGCCGAUCAGUCAAAGAUAAAAACAAUGCCCUGGCUGCCACAGAAUGAUUUAUUAGCACACAACAAGACUAAACUUAUCAUCUACCAAGGAGGACAUAAUGGUUUUUACGAAGUCGUUGACCACGGUGUGCCAAGCGUGGUCAUCCCAUUACUCAUGGACCAAUUCGAUGUUGCUUCACGAACCGUCCACCAUGGAAUGGGAAUCGAACUCGACUACCCCACCCUCAAUGCUAACAUAAUUGUGGAGGCUGUAAGGACGGUAUUAGGAAACAACAGAAUGCAGAGAGGAUUUCUUCGAUAUACAGGCAUCGCACCAUGAGGCCAGUUGAGAAAGCUGCUUUCUGGGUUGAACACGUGAUCCAACAUGGUGGAACCCCUCUUAAAUCAGCUAUUGGAGAGUUAUCUUGGUAUGAAUACCAUCAAAUCGACGUUUUACUCUCUUUAUUUUCAAUUAUAAUUAUAAUUCUUGUAAUUGUUUUCUUCACUUUAAGAUUAGGACUUAGACUAAUUUGUAAUGUUUUCCAGAGAAACAGAGGGACUAAGGAUGAUAAGCUUGAUUAGGACCAAUAAGUUUGUAAAAAUUUAAACAUUUGAACUCAUUUUGUUUUAACUGUGUUUUUAUUUCAUUGCUAAUCGGCUUUAGCAUUACUUGGAGUGUAAACUGUAGAAUAAAAGCAAGUUUUCACUCUUAAAUACGCAGCUUUUGCAUACAUAUCCUCCUUUAAAACAGGACUAAAAAUGUCUCUUUGAAACAAAAUAGUUUGAUUCUAGUUUGAAUUGAAAAUAGAGAUAUUGGCUAAUUGAAAUAUUUAUAAUAAUUAAUAAAGGAAACUUUCGCUUGUGGUGUAAUUGAUCAAAUAUUAAAACACAUGCAAGAAUAUACGAGCCUGUAACUGUUAUUUGACAAGAUUUUGUUAAUUCCGAUGAAAUUACCUGAUUGCACAGUUUAUCAUUUAUGUCAAUAAUUUACAGAUUUCAUGAUUCUCACAAACUAAUUAUUCAACUAAUAAAAUGACUAUAGUGAAUAUGGA